ACGGAAUAGGGAAAGGGGGCGUGGUUCUAUAGAGAGCGCGGAAGUGUGCGUGCAGAAACAGAUGGAAGGUUUCUGAAUGGAUUGAAAGCGCGGAAGUUUUAUAUACAAUGACAGCUUCAGAGCCUAAACUUAUUUUGUUAUUCAGCGGAAAACGGAAGUCUGGCAAGGACUACGUGACAGAUUUAAUACAAAAAAGGUUGAGUCCAGAGCUGUGCUGCAUCCUCCGGCUCUCUGCUCCACUUAAAGAGCGAUAUGCACAGGAGCACGGGCUGGACUACGAGCAGCUGUUGGGAGCAGGGCAGUAUAAGGAGCAGCACCGGGCGGAGAUGAUCCGCUGGGGGGAGAGCAAGAGGCACCUGGACCCAGGCUUCUUCUGCCGCAUGGUGGUGUGCGGGGCCACUCAGCCCGUGUGGAUUGUGAGUGACUGCAGGCGCAUGUCUGAUUUGCAGUGGUUCUAUAAUGAAUAUCCACAGCGGUGUGCGAGUGUCCGAGUGGAGGCCUCUGACCAAACCAGGGCUCAGAGGGGAUGGAGAUUCAAAGCAGGCAUAGAUGAUGCAGAGUCUGAAUGUGGUCUGGAUCAGGGAGUGGACUUCGACUGGACUAUAAGGAACGAAGGAGACGUCACUUUUCUCGAUGGACAGCUCGAGGGACUGUUGUCAUUAGCUAGGGAGAGGACACGGGAGCACCAAUACACACAAGACAGUAUAAAAUCAAAUGGACAAUGAACAGGAGACUUACCUGUGGAACAAAAGUAUUAUGUAGACUUAUCAUCGUAGACCAUGUUUACUUAAACGAAGGGGACUGUUUUUGGAUCGCCUCGAGAGUGACAGGUUUAUAUUAAGAUUUGCUCAAUGUCAUGUUGCUGUUUACCUUUGUGUUGCAUUUGUGACUUAUUGCAUCAUCUUUUCCUGAGGCAUGCGAUUAGAAAUGGUCAAACAUUUUGAGGCACUCUCACAAUUAUCACCACUUGAAUCCCAGUGAGUAUUUUGAUAGACUUUCAUCAAGACAUCAUGUUUCUCAUACAUUUUUAAAGGUAACGCCCAUCAGCAAAAAGACCAGGAGUGCCUGAGUACGUCCAUUAAACCUGAACAGAUUGAAAUCAGUUCUAUCUCACAUGGAAGUAUUUUGGAGAACAUUGCUAAACUAAUAAAUUAAAAUGGAUUACACUACAACUCUUGUUAAAAUCUCGAUUCAUUUUCUAACAGCGGCUCUGACAGUACUGUAUUCUGUCAUUCAAAUCUUCUCAGGAUGACUCCGCCCUCACCCGCAGGGUAAAAGUGCUCACUUGAUGGAUUGAUGUAAAUAACGAUCAUUUAAAUUGUGUUAUGGCAUAUAUUUCACCAGCUCUCAACCUUACUGAACAUCACUUGGGAGAUUUUGGAGUGAUGUGUUAAGACAGCUCUAGACCAGGGGUGCCCAAACUUUUCCUGGGCAAGCCCCCCCAGAUGACAUUAACAUUCGACCGAGGUCCCCCUUUUGUGGCCCCAACUUUGAAAACCACAGCUCUAGACCUCCGUCCUCAGAACACCAACUGAAGGAUUUUUUUAAAAAAAAUUUUAAACUAACAAGUGUUCAUCACACUGAUACAGUUCCAGAGAUUUGUAGAAUCAAAGAAAAGACUCUUCUGGCAUCCCAACACCUUAUUAAAAGCACUGUGUGAUUUAUUUUUCCUUUAAUUUGUCACUAGUCUGUAGGUCUAGGAACCCCCUCCAGGGCAUGUGUUCAUGUCACGUAAACCAGAUACAUGAAUAACCUUCAAAUAGAUUUUCAAAAGGAUAAGUCAGGACAUAACUAACAGUCAAGUUCAAACAAAUGUUCCUAUGUUAUGCAGCAUAUUAUUAGGGAUGAUCAUUUUAUGCCAGAAUCUACAUUACAGACGUUAAUUCAAGCCUUAUUGGCCAAACACCAGCUGCCUUGUUUCAUGCCUGUGCUAGCUUGGAAAAUAAAAAUACUGAAACAGCCCGUAGUACUGUAAUUCUGCACAUGGGUUCACAUUUCACACACCUAUCUGCUGCAUCAGAUGAAAAUCAGAAACUUCAGGUGCUGGAUUAUAGAUUCAGUGAAUAACACUGAACCCGGAAAUGCGUUGUAGAGACGUACCAAUAUGUUGAAAGAGCACAGACAAGAUUUCUGCUCUAAGGACGUGCAAGGACACAGCCUGGGCAAGUUCUUAAAUCUUUAACAUUAUCAAUUAUAUGGCCAAAGUAUGUAGACACCUGAUCAUCACACCCAUAUGAGCUUGUUGAACAUCCCAUUCCAGAUUUGGUCCCCCUGUCCUGCUAUAAAAGUCUCCACUCUUCUAGGAAGGAUUUCCACUAGAUUUUGGAGCGUGGCUGUGGGGAUGUGUCCAUUCGAAAUAAGAGCAUUAGUCAAGUCAGAUACUGACGUUGGGGUGAGGAGGAUUGGGGUGCAGUCGGCAUUCCAGUUCAUCCCAAAGGUGUUCGGUGGGGUUGAGGUCAGGGCUCUGUGCAGGUCACUCGAGUUACUCUACACAAACCGUGGCAGACCAUGUCGUGGAGCUCGCUUUGUGUACGGGGUAUUGUUAUGCUGGAACAAGUUUGGGCCUUUUAGUUCCAGUGAAGGGAAACUGCAGUUUUACAGCAUCCAAGGACAUUCUAUACGAUUGUGUACUUCCAACUUUGUGGUAAUAAUUAGGUGAAGAAUCACAUGUGGCCGUGAUGAUCAGGUGACCAUAAGUGUAUAUUUGCAAUAUUUGGAAAUCCAAUACAGAGUUUUAUUUUUAAAUGAAUCUUUUCCAUAAACAUCAUUUAGGCCCAAAAUUUUGACUUCAAGUCAGUUAAUAUGGAGGCUAUGGCUGUUCAUGUUUAGGAUGAACUAAACAGACCAUACACGUCAUACCACCCAUAAAUUCUUAGUAUCCGCGACCUCCUCAGACUAUCUUUCCAAAAAGGCUUAACUUUUUUUUUAAGCUUUUAAAAAAAUUAAUAAAAACUCCCAAACAUGACUUUUCCCCUUUACUACAUGGCUGAAAACAAACAAUCCCAGAAAGUUCAUUAAGUGUUAUAGUACUUUAUUUAAAAAAAAAAAAAGAAAAAAAAAAAGAAUUUUGAUCUUGUGUAAUUAUUACAAUGAAACACUGAUAGCAAAAUGUUUACAUCUUGAACUUUUUUCAAUUCCAGUUAAAAAGGUUCUUGGUGCUUUGAAGUAUUUAAUUCACUCUGCGAGUGUACACGGAACAGACAGUACGCUGAAGAGAUGCUCAGAUAAUACCUUUAACUAUUCACCCUUCUGCUCCCUCACCUUGAUCGACCCCUUCACCUUGAUUUUGGCAGUGGAAAUGUGACGUCCCCGUCUCUAACUCGGUCGUGACCGUAAGAGGAAAAGACGAAGGCUGGUUUGCCCCCCCCACCUCAGACCAAACUCAAAUCUGAUGCCUAGUGUUUGGUGCUCUACACCUAAGCCUUAAAGAAAUGGAAAGGUUGAAUGAAAACCGUUUGAGUUGGUCAUGUUUGUGUUUGCAGAACAACAAGAGGAAACAAAUUCGACUGAAAUGAUUCAGCCCAAUUAGUAAUGGGUCUUAACUCUUUUCUAAGCAAAAUGCAUGGCUAAGAGUGCCAUAUAAAAUAUAAUAUAGGUCCUGCAUGACAUUGG